AUGGCGAUGCAACUUUCCAGAGACCUUAACAGCUCUGUCGAACCUAGCCCUGAAUCUAGCCUAGAGUGUCUGGGUACCUUUGUCGAAAAAGAAAAUUCCCGUGUGAGAGUUGUGAGUUGCGACGUUGAGGCUGGUGAGCAAUCCCAUGAUGAGGAUGACAAUGUCGUCCACUGGGAUGGCCCCGAUGAUCCUCAGAACCCCAUGAACUGGGCUGAUGCUCGCAAAUGGCUCACUAUUGGCCUGAUAUCAUUCAGCAGUCUCAAUGUCUCUAUGGUAUCUACCAUUUUUGCUCCCGGCGUCCCGGAAGUCCUCAAGGAGUUCCACACGGACAACUCUUCCAUUGCAUCUCUCAUGAUAUCUGUCUACGUGAUGGGCUCCGCAUUGGGGCCUCUUAUGCUUACGCCAAUCACUGAAAUGAGCGGAAGGUUACCGGUCACCCACGCAGCGAAUAUCCUCUUCAUGAUUGCGGCAAUAGUCUGCGCAUCUAGCAUCAAUAUCUCCAUGCUCAUUGUUUCUCGGCUAGUAAUGGGAAUUGCUAGCUCGGUACCAGUAACGGUCGGAGGAGGCUUUGUCGCUGACAUGAUGCCCAUGGAGAGGCGUGGAACUGCAAUGACAAUAUGGACUGUAGGCCCCUUGCUUGGCUUUGUAAUUGGUCCUAUUUUUGGAGGUUACAUGGUACAAAACAUUGGCUGGCGGUGGACUGUCUGGCUUGAAGCAAUACUGGGAGGGAUCAUUGUGAUCGCAUCGCUGGUGUUACUUCGCGAGACCUAUGCGCCAACGAUACUACGACGCAAAGCUAUAAGUCUCCAAAAGACUACUGGACACUAUUACCGCACCAAGUUUGACUCGGAACAAACAGCCGGUCAAAUGCUUGUUGCUUCGCUGACACGACCGAUCAAAUUCCUCUUUCUGUCACCUAUUGUCAUGAUUGUUUCUCUCUACAGCGCUGUCACUUACAGCUACAUGUACAUUCUCUUCACUACCUUUACGGACGUCUUCGAAAAUGUCUACGGUUUUACCCCAGGCCAAGCCGGCCUAAGCUAUCUAGGCCUUGGUAUGGGUUUUUGCGUUGGACAAAUCACUGUUGGCUAUUACUCUGAUCGGCAUGUCAAAAAACAGGAGAAGGUCCAUGGCAAGAUGAAGCCAGAGCAUCGUCUUCCACCCCUUGUUCUUGGGUGCUUCCUAGUGCCAAUCGGCUUGUUUUGGUACGGCUGGUCCGCAGAAUAUGAGCUUCAUUGGAUUGUUCCUAUUUGUGGAACCUUCUUCAUUGGAGUAGGGAUCUACUACGUGCACCUCGUUACCCAGGUAUAUCUUGUUGAUUCAUAUACGCUCUACGCUGCCAGUGCCGUCUCCGCCGAGCUAGCUUUGCGGUGCAUUUUUGGUGCUAUUGUCCCAUUAGCGGGUACACCGUUGUACGACACCCUCGGUCUAGGCUGGGGAAACAGCCUCCUCGGUUUCAUUGCACUUACUUUUGCACCGACAUCAUUCUACUUACUGAGAUACGGGGAGAGCAUCCGGACUAACCCGAAUUUCAUGCCGAAGAUGACCUGA